CUGGAGGGAGCCCCGGGGUGUGGCUGGAGGGGGCCCCAGGAUGGUGGUGGUGGUGGGAGCGUGGUGGUUGCUGGGGCCCGCGUGGCCUUGUUUACCUCCAGUCUGGGUCUGGGGUCCACUGGCGUCCAGCAGGGCACUCGUGUCUCCCUCCCAGGCUUGUGAGCAAGAUGACUGGAAAGGUUGACAUGAAGGUUGUUAUGCUUGGGCAAGCAUCUUGUGGCAAGACAAGUCUUGUUGAGCGUUUUAUAUAUAAUCGCUUUAACACAAACUACCAGACUACCAUAGGUGCAGCAUUUGGUGCUCGUUGUGUAGAUGUACAAGGAAAGCAGAUUUGUGUUGGCCUGUGGGACACAGCAGGAAGUGAACGAUAUGAAGCAAUGAGCCGUAUAUAUUACAGGGAUGCAAAGGCAGCAGUCAUUUGUUAUGAUGUAACAAAUGCAGAGAGCGCUGAUCGUGCCAAAUUUUGGGUGGGAGAAGUGCAGAAACACGAAGAAGAUUGUAGAAUAUUUCUCUGUGGCACAAAAGUUGAUUUAGUGAGUGAUAAGUCUCAGUUACGGCAAGUUGACUACCAUGAUCUCUCUGAUUAUGCUGAGGAGGUUGGUGCAAAAGUAUUUGAAACAUCAAGCAAGACGGGAAAAAAUGUUGAAGAGUUGUUCAACUGUGUUGUUGAAGACUUUGCACUUAGAAAUGAAGAUGUUAUUGCCACAUUACAAGAUUCAGUUAUCACCCUGCAUAACAAGACGACGAGGAAGAAGUGUUGCUGACUGACAACUAGUGUCUUAUGCUGUGAUAUUAUUAGCACAUGUCUACGCUAGUGUUUAUUAAAUGAAUUUAAUAAAAUGUUGUUAUUCACACAUUUCAGUAAGCUGCCAGUGUUAUAUGGUAAGUAAUCCAUGUUAUGUUGUAGAAGUAUAUAUUUUUAAGUAUAUAUAUAUAUUUAUGUUGUGUUCUAUUCUUGAUUGAGGUUGCAUAUAAAUUUAAAUUGUAUUUUGCUUCAUUUUAAAUUUACAGUUUUUUUUUUAAAUAUUGACCUUCAUAGCAACAUUUUUUGCUGCUAUACAGGUCAAUAUUGCAGGUUUUUAAAAUUGCUCUCAAUUUUAGGAUUACAGUUCAAGUUAUACACAAAGCUGCCUGUGAUGUACAACUUGCAAAUGUUUAUAUGUCCAUUUUGUAAUAAGUGCCUUUCUCUAUGAAUUUAUUGAUAUAUCUUCACCCAUUUCACCUUACUAUCAAACAGAAUUUUCCCCAAGCAAUGCACUCUCCAACAGUGCUUCAUAUCACCCAGAACAUUUUAAUUACAGUCUUGAAAUGUAUUAACACAACAAUGCUGGAAUAAGCAUCUUAAACAAAAUUCUAUUUCUUGUAGAUCAAGUCUCUCAUUAAAUUGUUGCCUGUAUCUAUUGACUAGAUUCACAACACUGUACAGUAUGUCCAUUAAUCAUGGUCCAUAAUAAAUCUGCACAUCUGGGUCAGUGCUGAAAAGUUUGUUCUGAGAUGGUCAGAUUUUCUACGUAAAUUUUACCCCCACACUGAACUGUACCAUAUUAGAUACCUUUCGGUGAGUUUGGAAUGAAUCCCUUUCCCUGACCCUUUGGUUAGUAGGGGUUGCCAUCUGGUGGUUGUCAGAUAAGUGUUUGUUGUGGUUUUAAUAGGUUGUUUGGUGGCCGUCAUUGCCAAAUAUCUUUCAGGGGAGGCUUGAGUGAUUUGUGAUGCCUCUUAAUGUUAUUGAAUGUGAUUUGCUUUGAUUUAUAUGAUUCAUGUGUUAUCUUAAUCUUCCCACUUCAUUGAGGAGACAUGACAGAAUUUGAAAAGUACUUGUCCCAAGCGGAUACAGAAGUCUUCCAAUGCCUACUGUCAUCAUAAUGUCCUAGGGAUGGAUCGUUCUGUAUGCUAAGGGACUACACUCAGCACUAUUAUUAUUAUAAUUUUUGUUUAAUAUUUUUAGUAAAUAAGACUCAAAAGUCCUACGAGUUCAGUCUAAAUGUAAUUUCUCGUGAUAAAUUGGUGAUUAGGAUUAACAUUUUAAUUUGCAUGAAAAUGAAUUUUGACAAAUUUCAUUAUGUUUCAUUUGGGAACAGAUGAUGGAUUUUGAGGGUAGGUCAACAUUCUUCAGUCACAGCUGAAAUCAUUUCAGAUACUGUAUUCUUGCUGGGUCAUACUGGUGCUAUUAGGUAGAGAAAUACUCAGUCCAGCCCAGAAUGCCCAUUGGAAGUUUCAUUCAUUAUCCAAGCUCUUCAGACCUGCUUGGCUUCACUGCAUCCAUAAAGUAGUGCUCACUAACUGCCAAUUUGCCUGCUUAGUCACUACUCCCAAUUACUAUUAGGUAGCAGCAUUGACACCAACAUGGGGUUUCUUGACUUGAGCCGCUUUGCAUUUUUCCUGUCUCGUCCCCAUGCCACUUAAGACAGUGAAAUUCAGUAAAGUGACAAUUUUCAUCUUUUGAAACUGUGACACCAUGCAGUGGGCUUAUGUUAUUUUGAAACACUUCAUGCUACAUAGUCUUCCUGGCUUGGUGCCUUCUUUUGAGUCUUACAUUUGGAAGGUAACCGCUUGCUGGAUAUGUGUGAUGACAUGAGAGGUGAUAUCAGAGAACCACAACUCAAGUCAAUAGUGACAAAGCAUGGCAAAAUGCCUGAAACUGCAGCUUUUAAACAUGUACUGAAUAUGCGUACCCCUGUACUACACAGAGAACAGUAGGCCUGGUUGAUGAUUGUCUGUCAAUAUAGAUAGUUAGCAUUUUUGUUGUAGUUGACAUGUUGCCUGCAAAAUAUUAAUUAUGAUUAAAAGUUCCAUUUUCUAUUGUAUUUAUACACUGCCUGGCACAUUUUAUAAACAGUAUGGCUUUGGCUUAUAAUAUAAUUGAUGACUGAAUUACCAAACAGGGAAGUUCAGCUGCCUCACCCUCUCUCUCAGCAGGUCUUCUCUAUAUGCCUUUUGGAUAUAGAGAUGGCCAUCAGUUCUGCAAGUUCUGUAUAGAACUCACUUUUUAUUUUUGUAUUGUAAAGGACACUUCAUUGAGGUGAUGAAAUGGAAUGAUAUUUAUAAGCAAAUAGUCAUUAUAAUGUGCUUUACCAGAACGGGUUUAAGUUCUCUUGGUUCCAUUGUCAACAAUAUCUCUUAAAAUUUGUCAUGGUGAACACUUCAUUGGCAUGUACUGUAUACUUAUUGUAUAUGUACAUGUACUAUAUGUACCAAGAUUGUUUAAACUUACAUGAUUGUUUAAGGUUACGUGAACAAAUUCUUGUUUAUGUGAUUGUCAACUUCAGGGAUGUAAAUUUUCUGCAUAUCCAUAGAUUUAUUCAGAAUUCAUGAUCUAGGGUGAUUUUGCGAUUCUGUUUUACACGCUAAUAAAAAAUGCAAUUUAUGGUGUAUUGGUAAGUCUAAGUUGCAUUCUUCUUUUACAACCUUGAAAGAGUGUACAUUUUAACUCAUAAUUGGUGUACUGUAUUGCAUUUUCAAUGUAAUAUGAUGGUGAUGGUAAUUGAUAUGAAGAGGCCUGUUCGAGGACCGGGCCGCGGGAACGCUAAGCCCCGAAACCAUCUCGAACCAACCAACCAUCUCAAGGUAUGGUUGUGGAUGUCAGAAAGUAAGUAGGGAAUUCAGUGUUAUUCUUCAUAUGGGUUGUAUUAUGUUACUUGUAGAAGGCAAUAUCAAAAGUUCUGUAAAAGAUAUUUGAUAAGUGGAUCACGUUUAGCCACUUCCAUAUUAUAUCCAGUAAAUGGGUUGUGUCAAGCUUAGAUUGAUCACUACACAUUGGUGGUGCUAUUUGUUAUAUAGAUAAAAAGUAUUUUGUA